AUGAGCUUUUUUGACAUGAACAACUUCUUAUUGCAUUCUACCAAACUCGCAGUUAGUGACACCGACUCUCUUGCCUCCACCGAGAUCCGCGACAGAGCUCUCUCCAACUCCAGCGUAGGGUCUUAGGACUAUCUCCCUUCUUCUAACACAUCUUAUUACGGCUAGAGCAAUCUUAAAGAUUUAAAUCUCUUACUGGCUCUACUCACUCAAAACUAACAAACAUAACAACAAUAAUAACAAUAGUAACAUUAAUAUCAAUCUUAGAUAUAGACAAACUAAAGCUACUUGAUUGAGAAGGGUAGAUCUAACUCGGAUGCAUCUUAAUCUGCUGAAGACUUCAAGGGUCUUUUCGAUUUGAAUAGCUUUUCACUAUUUCCUCAGAGCUAGUUCGAACGUAAAAUCAGUGGACAAGUUUUUAUUCCAAAGCCAAUUCGUUCUAUGCAAUCUAAAUAAAAUUCUAUGCUUUAGGACUUAGGAAUCGACUCAACUAACUCUAAUUCCUCCCCAUAACAACAAUAAUCUAAUGUAAAGAAUCUCAUACUUGAAGCCUCAUUGAAUAUCUUCUAAAACUUAAUGAGAAAGGAAACAGGCUCUGAGGUUAACGUGCAAAAUAAUUCUCAGACACAAUAAGUUCCUUCACCAAUGCAAUCCUCAGUCUCAAGUUAAAACUAACCUCAAUAAUCCCAAAUUAUGUACUAGCCCAACAUAAUAUUUGGUGUUUAGCUAACCCCAGAAGAAAUGCAAAAGAGAAGAGAACUUCGUAGAUAAAAAAUUGAAAAGUAUUUGAUUAAGAAGCUAACUAGAAAAUGGGAUGUACUCCGCUAUGAAGUAAGAAAGAAAAUCGCUAAGACCCGUUAAAGAGUUAAAGGUCGUUUCGUAAAGGAAGAAAAAAAAAUGGACUCUGAUGACUCUUAAGUCUCUAACCCUCAAAUAAAAUCAAUAAAUUCAACACAGAUAGUGCUGUCUGACGAUCAAAUGAACUCCAUGGACAAUAUGUGA